AUGCGGUCCAAGUCGGUAAAGCCCUCCGCAUACCCGAAGCUGCCCUUUCAUGGCAUCCGCUUCCUCAUUUUCCUAUCAGCAGCCGUGGUCGCCAUUAUCUUGGCCGUGUUUAUCUACCAUCUCCAUGCCGACGGAUACAAACUGCCCUUCGCCUUCUUGAUCCUCCUCAUUGCCGCCCUCCUCUCCAUCUUAAAUGUCGUCUUCACAUCCCUCGUCAACUGCGCCUGCGGGCUCUCCACCAAACUCUCCAUAAUUCUAAACGCCCUCCUCCUAGCCCUCUGGCUCCUUUCGCUCGCCCUCCUUAGCUACAAUAUGGCCCACACGAUCCUAACCUCAUGCGGCACCCAAUACUGGGGCAACAAGACCGGCAUCUCGGUCUGCCGUAGCUACAAAGCCCUGUUCACAUUCACGGUAACCGGCACCGUCGCCUCCAUCGCUUCCAUCUGGCUGGACUUCAUCGUGCGCCGUCGCGCGAACCGUCUGGGCGCUUACGAUCCCAUGGGAAGCAUGGCUGCGGUUGGCGAGGAUCCGGCCGAUGUCAAGCUGGCCGAUCGCAAUGAGUCGGUCUCAAGUGUCAAGUACGAUGCUGUCCCGCCGCCUAUGUCGGGUGCUGGGAGCGCGCCGUAUUAUGAUUCGGCACCAGCAAGGAGUCGCAGAGGUGAAUCGCGCGUGAAAUUUAAUACGUAUGAUCAUGGUGGAUAUGGGGUUCCGGCUCAGCAGACGGGUUAUGAUCCUGCGAUGUAUCGUUGA